AUGUCGUCAUCAGUGGAAAGUAUUGGGAAUGGGACGGUCCAGGGCUCGGCCCAGGGCACGAGCCCUGGGCCAAGCCCAAGCCCUGGCGUGAGCCAGGACUUGGAUACAAACUUGAAUGCCGCUGCCUCUGCCUCUGCUGGCCCAGGACAAGCCCCAGACAACAACGGGUUGGGCUCGAAUAGCAUUACGUUCCACGUCUUGGUGUCGUUGAAAGAGGCAGCAAAGAUCAUUGGGCCCCAGGGAAACACCAUUGAGAGUAUAAGAAAGGAGAACGACAUCAAGAUCGGGAUAUCGCCUCGCGAAAAGUCGUGUUCUGACCGGUUGUUGAACGUUUCGGGGAACGCGAGACAGGUUGCGAACGCAUUGGGCCAGGUUUUGCGGGUGUUGACGACCGAUUACGAGCCAGAAGAACAUGUGUUCAAGCACCUCAGAUUCAUGUUGCCGCCAGCGUCGAAAGAAGAAAUCGAGGAUCCCGAGAAGUGGAAGCAGAUUGGUAACUUGAGGUUGAUAUGCACCAACCCGCAAAUCUCGUCUGUUAUUGGACAGCAGGGAGCCAAGAUCAAGAAGUUGAUCGAGACCCACAGCGUGAAGCUCGUUGCGUCGAAACACUUCUUGCCGGACUCCAAGGACCGGGUGUUGGAGAUCCAGGGUUUCCCCACCUCUGUUGCGAACUGCAUCAACGAGAUCGCGGAGCUUUUCAUCCAGGACGACGUGCAUGUACCUCCAAGAACCUUGCCCCGCUACUACCCACACUCGAAGCACACGAAGGAGAUCCAGGUCUCGCAGACGCUCGCCAUCCCAAAGGAGUACGUCGGUGCGUUGUUGGGUGUCGGUGGUAACCGGAUCGCCAACUUGAGGAAAUUCACCAAGACCAAGAUCGUCAUUGGCCAAGAGCCAAACGAAACGGGCAACAGAAUCUUCACCAUCUGGGGUAACGACCAGAAAUCCGUCAAGCUGGCCCAGACCAUGCUACUAAAGAACUUGGACGUCGAGAAGAAGAGACGCGAGGAACACGAGGCUGCAUUGAGAACUACUGGUGGUGCAGGUGCAGGUGCAGAAUCUGCUGCUGCAACAGACAGUUCUGCUGCUGCCAACAACGUCGAAACUGCAGAAACAUAA